AUGUCACUCAUUACUUCUUUGAGGACUUCAAUACCUUUGCGGGUCACGCAUUACACCGCACCACUCCAUUUUUGCAGCGAUCGUCUGACGAACCUGAAGCCGUCACUUUGUAAUUGAAAACCAAAUAAGACGAAAAAAAAUGUUUUCCUCGAGAUUUUUAAUCGCGUUUGCGCUUUACAGUCUGGUUUUGGACUCCACUUCGGGAAAACCUUUAGCAGAUGGACUAAAGGCGUGCAAGAGAAGCGAUCCGAAAUUGGACGAAUGUUUGUUGAACAUGCUCAGACAGACUAAACCUCAGCUCAUGCAAGGUAAYCCGGAACUGAAUCUGCCACCUUUGGAUCCUGUACACAUCCCCAAGGUUUCAGUGUACAAGAACUUGCAAGACAUCCGGGUGACUGGAGAUCUAUCCAACUUAACGGCUAAAGGCGCCAGUUCAAUUACCUUCAAAUCGUUAAAAUUAAGAACACACUUGGUAUGUGGAUACACUAAAGACUAA